UCGAUUUCUCUUUUUCUUCAAACAAUCUACUCUAAAAUUGUCAUGGGUGGGGCUUGAAAAAAGAAAAAGAAAAAACAUUUUAGUCAUUAAGAAAUUCGAAAGAAACUUCCCACUGAAUAGCCCUCCACCAUAUGUGCCCAAGAAACUAAUAAUAUUUAAUUGAUUCGAAAACAAAUAAAUUGGUAUUACUCACUAAACUGCAAAACUCUAGGGAGAGAAAUGGCUGAAUUGUUUGUUAAGCAAUCAGAGCCGUACGCCCAAGCUCGGCCUGAUUACCCAAAAGAGCUCUUUGAAUUCAUUGCCACCAAGACUCCCUUUCACGACCUCGCCUGGGAUGUCGGCACUGGAACUGGACAAGCUGCCCACUCGCUAGCUGAGAUAUACAAGAACGUUAUUGGAACAGACACAAGCUUAAAACAACUCCAAUUCACAACAUCGCGCCCAAAUAUUCGUUAUGAGCAAACCCUACCAGUCAUGUCCACAACUGAAAUCAAUGAAAAAGUAGCACCGGAAUCAAGCGUCGAUUUGGUUACAGUAGCCCAAGCUCUUCAUUGGCUCGACCUCCCAAACUUCUAUGAGCAAGUAAGGUUUGUACUCAAGAAACCAAACGGCGUCGUCGCGGCUUGGUGCUAUACCCUGCCACGUGUCAACGAUUCAGUGGAUCAAGUCUUGGAUCGGUUCUACGCUGAAUCUCAUCCUUACUGGGACUCAGCUCGAAAAUUAGUGGAGAACGAAUACAGGGACAUUGAUUUUCCCUUUGAGCCGGUGGAUGGGACCAACGAAACGGGGCCGUUUCAAUUUGUGAGUGAGAAAAUGAUGAACUUGGAGGAGUUUUUGACAUAUCUGAAGUCAUGGUCAGCAUAUCAAACAGCUAAGGACAAGGGCGUGGAGCUUUUGGUGGAUCGUGUGGUUGAGGAUUUUAAAGGAGCAUGGGAAAGUGAUGAAGGUGGAUCAUAUGGUAAAAAGGUUGUCAAGUAUCCUGUGUUUUUGAGGAUUGGAAAAGUGAAGAACGUGUAAGGUAAAAGCUUUUAGUAAUUUGAUGUUUUUCCAAUAAUUAAUUUUGUAAAUCAAACUUUGGAUGUGCUUAGAAAUUACUAUGUACCUAAGAAGCAAAAUAGUGAUCUAUUGCUAAAUUAAUAUAGCUCAUUUUGUUCAAGUUUGUUGAAGUAUUAAAAGUGGAUUCAAAUUUGGAUUGAUUCAAAUUUGAAUUAUAAUAUAGCACAAUAUAAAAUUUGUAUCAUAAUAAAUAUAUUAGAUGAGUGCUAAGAAACUUUUUAUCCCACUCUUUAUUG